AUGAGGCACGUGCGGGGCAGUCCAGCCGUGCAGGCUGUUGCUAACUUAUACGAUCGGUACCUUCGCAGCCUCCAGCGAUACCCCGUAACUACAAAGUCGCUGACUGCUGCCUCGGUUGGUGCUGCAGGUGACGCGUUGGCGCAGUUGCUCGAACGUCGUCAGCGAACACCGACAGCUGAGCGAUUGGGAGACCCUGGUCCACAGAAGCCGUUUAACUGGCGAAGGCUAGUGUUAUUCGCAACGUUCAUGGGUGUCUUUAGCGCACCAGUUUCUCAUUAUUGGUACCUUUGGUUAAGCAAACGCUUUCCCGCAACCAAUAUGGUAGCGGUUAGCAAACGCGUUGCCUGUGAUCAGUUGCUUAUGGCGCCGACAAUCAUCCCGGCAACACUGUUUUUUCUCGAGUACGCCGGGCGAAAGUUUGUCGCUGGAGAGAAUGGUGACGGCCUGUUGCGACACGCCUUGCAGGUCGCAAGCGAGGAAACCGGUCGUACGCUGCUGGCGAACUGGACGAUAUGGCCUAUAGCGCAAGUUGUGAACUUCCGCUUCGUCCGCAACGAGCUGCAGGUCCUGUUCGCAAAUCUGGUCGGUGUGGGAUGGAAUACCUUUCUCAGCCUUGUCGCUGCCGAAAACCUGCAGAAAAGCCAUAAAACAUUGACGAAAGCUGAUUGA